AUGGAGCUCAGGGUCCUCGAGACCACCGAGGAUGGGGACACAGAGGAGGACACAGCCGUGGCCCUGCAGCGGCUAGUGGAGCUAACAGCCAGCCGAGUGACAUCGGUGAGAAGCCUGCGUGUACAGUACCGUCUCAUCCGAAAGCUAGGUUCCGGUUCCUAUGGCCGCGUGCUCCUAGCCCAGUCACGCCAAGGAGGUCAAACCGUGGCCCUCAAGCUCCUCCGACGGGACUCAGUCCUGAGAACAACUUUCCUGAGAGAAUUCUGUGUGGGACGCUGCGUCUCUUCACAUCCAGGCCUACUGCAGACCCUGGGGAGGCCCCUGCAGACACCCCGACAUUUUGCCUUUGCUCAGGAGUAUGCACCCUGUGGGGAUCUCAGUGGAAUGCUCCAGGAGAAGGGCCUCCCAGAGCUGAUGGUGAAGCGGGUAGUGGCCCAGCUGGCUGGAGCCCUGGACUUCCUCCAUGGCCGGGGACUAGUGCACGCAGAUGUCAAGCCAGACAAUGUGCUAGUCUUCGAUCCUGACUGCAACAGGGUAGCCCUGGGUGACCUGGGUUUGACCCGACCUGAGGGCAGCCAAACCCCUGCUCCCCCAGUGCCUCUGCCCACUGCACCACCUGAACUCUGCCUCCUGCUGCCACCAAACACACUGCCCCUGAGGCCAGCCGUGGACUCCUGGGCUCUGGGUGUGCUUCUCUUCUGUGCUGCCAUGGCCUGCUUCCCUUGGGAUGUGGCAUUGGCUCCUGAUCCUGAGUUUGAGGCCUUUGCUCGUUGGAUGACCACUAAGCCCCAGCCCCCUCGGCCACCGGCGCCAUGGGACCAGUUUGCACCCCCAGCUCUGACCUUGCUCCAGGGACUUCUGGACCUGGAUCCUGACACUAGGAGCCCACCACUGGCUGUCCUAGAUGUUUUAGGGGACGACUGGGGGCUUCAGGGUAGCGGAGAGAGAUCGGGAAGCUUGGGAGGUGUAUCCUACGAAGAUGGGGAGGAAGAAGAGGGAGGAUCGAGUUUGGAGGAGUGGACAGACGAGGAGGAAGAGGAAAUCAAAGAUGGCGGAAGGACGGAGGCAAACAACAUAGCUUCCUGA